UGGCUAGCACUGCAUUUUUUGCCUCCGCGCCAGGCUUCGGUCAGCCCCACCGUGCUGGACCGCGGGAAUUCGGCGGCAAUGCCGCUGGCUGGCGAAGCCGGUCGCAGCGCAAGCGCAGGCCCGAGGACGGCGCGCCAAGCUCUCCGUGGAAGCGGCGUGGUCCUGCCGCCAAUCCGUGCGGGUGCUCGCCGCCGGCCCGCCAGGCCACGGCCGAGGGCCACCCAGCAGCAACCUCAACUACACCCCAGAGUGCCGCGCCGGAGCAGGUCCCCAGGCCCAGGGCCACCGAGGACCUCGACAUCGUGACUGUGACCUUGCAGAAGGACGAGGGGUCCGUGCUGGGCAUUGACGUGGGGAACGUCGGCGGCGAUUACUGUGGCGCAGUGGUUCUGACGAUGUCGGGUAAAGGCUUGGUGGCUGAUUGGAACAGUCAGAACCCUACGAAGCAGGUCUGCGUGGGGCACAUCAUCAUCGAGGCCAACGGCGUCCGCGGCUACUGGGAGCUGCUGGACGAGCUCACCAAGCCAGGCAGACACACCGUCCGCAUCCUUCGCGCCCUGCCCCACGAAAACUGGCAGCACCUGAUCUCCUGCCUGGCCCAGGCGUUUCAGCGUGACGGAGCGUCCGAUGUUCUGGGGCUGCCGCUGCUCGCGUGCGUGAUGGUCGACUCCACCUGCGAGAACACUUCCUUGCAGGUCCAGGACUUCACGUGCCUGCCCAGCGUCCUGGCCUGCGACGUCGACGUGGACCAGUGCUGCAUCUGCCUGGAGCGGCUGAAGCCAACAGCCCGGCUGGUUCAGCCGAUGGGCCCAUGGGGGCACCGCGGCGGACAUCUGCGCCGCGCGCUGGCUGUCGCAGAACGACCGCCACACCUGCCCGCUCUGCAUACGACCCGUUUUCGAGUCCAGCGGAGCCGACUAGCUCGCAGCCAGGGCCCACCGCCACUACCACAGAGCGGUGGUGGAGAAUCUGUCCGAGGGGAAGCGCGACACAGGCAGAACAUGCUGAAGGACCGCGCGGGUUUGCUGGAUCCGCGCUCUGCGCUGGACCCCCUCUGGGUGCGCCGGGGGGGGGGGGGGGGGCGGGGCGCUCUGCCCAGACCCAAGAGACUCGCGCGGGCCUCCGAGCGUUUCUGCUUCUGCUGUGUUCUCUUCCAGCUCCUGUCGUCGUGCCGCCGCACGGGGGCAGCGUUGCCCGCCUCGUGCCCGGCCUCAGCCCCGUCGGGGCUGUGCCGCCGCGCUGUGUGUUAGUCUCAUGGCUUCCUCUUUUUGUUCUCUCUCUAUCUCUCUCUUUAUCACAGGGGUAUUCUGCUCCCUGCCCCCCCCCCCCCCCUCCCUGUCUUCCUGCGCCUCCUCGUCUUGAACCUUUUGUCUUCCCUCGCGCUCUUGGCAGCUGGAUAGCUGCCUCGAGGGAGGGGGCCAUGGAGUACUCAGCUGUACCUGCCUUGAACCAGCACGCCGUUCAUUCUCCUCUCCCUUACGUUGCGUAUCCGGGGGACGGGCUCUGCGCGGAUCCGGCGCAGAUUUGACAUGAAUGUGUAUAGUUUCGACGCGGAUUAUUUCGCGACGUGGCAGACAAGGCCCCGGAUAUGCAACGUAUGUUUUCUCUUUUGCUCCGCUCGCCUGAUCAGGCCCCGCUCCGCCUCCCCGGCGUUCUUUGCUAAGCGGGGGGGGGUCGCCUCCUCCGCCGACAACGCUGGGCCGACUUCAGGGGGGUACCUUUCCCACGCUUAUCAUCGAACGCAGGAACUCAAGACUCCUUACGGGACGCGCGAAUCUCGAUCUUCUUGUUUAGUGUCUGCCACGACGGGCGUCUCCAUCAUGCCGUGCUUCGCCGACGGCCGUGGAACGCCUGACCUGGCAACGGCAUCGGGUAAUACGUUUCCGUUUUUUAGUGCUGCCCGGCAGUCACAUUAAGAAAAUGUGUCAUGCCAGGUUUUACCAACAAUAUUCUCGGCCUCGUGUAUGGCGGGGGGGGU